AUGGGGGAGGGGAGAAAAACCCAGCUCAUCGACACAAUUGCCUCGGAGAUCGGAGAACUGAAACGGGAGAUGGUACAGACAGAUAGCAGCCUGGAAAAUGGCCUGGAACCUUCUGAAACCCACAGCAUGGUGAGACACAAGGAUGAUGGCUGCUCUGAAGACAAGGAUGGGAAGACAUGUCCCCGAGACUCUGGCUACGACAGCCUCUCCAACAGGCUCAGCAUUCUGGACCGGCUCCUCCACACCCACCCCAUAUGGUUGCAGCUGAGUCUGAGUGAGGAGGAGGCAGCGGAGGUCCUGCAGGCCCAGCCUCCAGGG